CGACCUCUGCUCCUUUUCCAUACAAUUCUUCAUAUAAUUUCAAGACAAGAUUUUCAUUUCUCGCCUUGCAAUUGUAAUUGUAAUUGUAAUUCCAUCCUCUCUCACUCAGAUUCUCGUCCGACCCUCAAAUUCCUCUCUUUGUUCUUUUCUUCCCGCAAGAAUACAGAAAAGAAAUCAAUGGCUGAAACCGCCUCUGCCCUCUGCUUCUCCACCUUUUCUUCUUCUAUUCCUUUCUCAAAGGAUCCCAUUUCUUCUCCCUCAACUUCUUUUCAUCCCCGAAGACUCUCUUCCCAAUUCCACCGUCGCCGAUCGCGAUCCCUCAGGUUCACCGUCAGAUCAUCUGGUUCGGCCCAUUUCCUCGGCGAUGAUGCUUACGGAUUUUACCCCUGGGAGAAUCCCGACGCUGCUGAAUCCUCAAUACAGUGGAUUUCGGAGGAGAAAGUGACAUUGUUUACUUCUGAUGGACUGAUCCAAAUUGGGGGAAACCUUAUUCCUCGGCGUGUUUCUUCUUCUUCUUCUGAUAAGAAACAAGGGAAGGCAAAAAUAUCUCAAAGAUCUCAACGGUUUCAAGAGAGCAACUACAUGGAUCCAAACCAAAGCCUGUGUCUGGGUGCACUGUUUGAUAUUGCAGCAACAAAUGGACUUGACAUGGGUAGACGCCUUUGUAUUUUUGGCUUCUGUCGCUCCAUUGAGAUGCUUUGCGAUGUCGUGGAAGACACAGUCUUGGAGCAUGGAGGAGAGCCUGGGUUGAUAUCUUGUAAUACACUUGUCUGUCAUCCUGCUAUUGCUCUACAGGAGGCCCAUAGAUUAGGAUACAAAGAAAAUUUUUGCUGGAUAAGUGGUUUGAUCUCUUCAUAGUUUAUUUGUUUGGGCAAUAUAUCUUCAAAAACUACUAAAUCUCAAUGAUUGUUGGACCUCCAAUUGGUGCUUAGAAAACUGUAGCGACACUCAUCAUAUCAGACAUGGGCAUGAUUGUAAUUUGGUAUAUAGAAAUGAGUGAGGAAUGGAAUGUGCACUAUAGAAUUACCCAUUCCUUAUUCACCCAUGAUUUUAGCUAUUCUCAAUGAAUUGGGAAUAUUUUUUCUUUUUUUGAAUUGCUAAAAUAACCAUUAAUAAAAUUUAUA